UGUGAGACUAGUACUUCGACCUGGCUGAAACUUUACCGAAAAAACAUAAUAUUCUGGAUUCGUAUCAAGGAUCUUUGGACGGAUCGGACGGAGUAUCUUGGCCGAGAUUUGAAGUGUCUAAAAGUGAAAAUUCUCAAAUGGCAGAAGAGGAGACUUCAUCCCUGGUGAAAUUCAAUGAUAUUCUAGCACAAUGGAAUCAAGAUCAAGGCUCUGGAACAUCACCAGUUCCAGCACUGAAAAAGAUGGCCGAAAUCAUGGAGAUGGAAAUAGAAAAUUUCUUGAAGCUGGAUGCAGAUCCGUUUGAUGAUCGUCAUCCAGGUCGGGUUGACCCCAGCUGUGCCUUGGGCGACCUUUUUACCUCACUCUUCAAGAAUGACAACUUCAUGGCAAAACUGGGAGGUGAUUACAUUGUGUCAUCUCGAGAUAGAGAGAUCAACACUCUGGCAUGUCGUCUUCUCUUAGAUGUAGUUCCUGGUCUGGAAACAUCUAUUAUCUUUGAGGAAACAGAUGGAUGUGUUGAUCGAUUUGUUGAGUGGGCAACUGAUGCCGAAGAGCCCUUGAAAUCAUAUGCUACUGGUUUACUAGCUGCUGCUGUAGAAGUCCAAGACAUUGCAGGCAAUCUCAAAGAUGUCAAUGCCAGACUGGUUCCUGUCAUGCUUCAGCGAUUACAUACUUUCAAGAAUGCAGCAAGUGAAGCAGGGAGUUCCUCGACAUCGCCUAUCUCUGAAGCCCUAGAGCGUCCUUUUAGCUGCUUCGAUAAGACUAAUGAAGAGAACAACACUGAUGGGAAAGCCCCUAGUCAGAGCAAACAGUGUGGUAAACCACAGAUGAGUGAAUCAAGCUCCAAGGAGGUUUCUUGUGACAUAGUGUCAUCCAGAGCAGAGAAUGGUAUUGAUUCAACAAAGGAAGAGAGUAACCUGAUGAAAAAUGAAUCCCAUAUGGGCAAUGCCACAGAGGAGAGACUGGUAGAUCUGACAGGGGAGCCAGUAGAAAAGGGUUCUGAAAACAUGCAGCUAAAAAGGGAAGGUGAUACAACAUCAAAAACAGAAGAAUCCACUCCUGGUAUUUCUAAGGAUAGGACAUUUGGUUCUAAAAGGAUGAAAAAGUCAAAUGUGUCAUUUAAGAAGAAGAGCUCUGUGUCAAAGGUCAAGGGUCGAAGGACAAAAGUCAGAGGCUUUGAUCCAGAACGUUCUUCCCGUAAGCUCAGUGAUAAUGAAGUUGAGCUUAGCAACAGUAGCUGGGCGGAAAUGUCACAGUAUAUCAUUGGUUCCCACUGUAUGUAUCCUCUCAAUCCCGUCAUGCAACAGAGGUUUAUUCUGCAGUAUUUGACGCCACUUGGGGAAUAUCAGGAACUUCUUGGUACUAUGUUUGAGAAUGGAUCUAUGGAGUUGGUUUUUCACUACAUUGACCUCAAUAAAACUAAUGAUGUCAGACUCACUUUUGAUGCUCUCAAGUACCUAUCAUCGUUGCUGUGCCACAAGAAGUUUGCCAUGGAGUUUUUAGAGUUGAAUGGCCUUCAGAAGCUUCUUGAGAUACCUCGUCCAUCGAUAGCAGCCACAGGGGUGUCUCUUUGUCUCUACUACCUGGCAUAUAAUGAAGAUACCAUGGAACGUAUCUGUCUACUACCAGCCCCCGUAUUAUUACAGAUGAUGAAUUACAUGUUAUGGCUAUUAGAGUGUUCUCAUGAAUCAGGAAGGUGUCAUGCUACAAUGUUCCUGAUGACAAGUCUAGGAUUUGGGGCUGUCCUGGAUCUAUUUGACAGGAAAGAUGGCCUUCGAAAACUAUUGAAUUCAAUGAGUACUCUUAGCAUCUUGGACCCUGAAGCUCAAAAUGCUGAUCAGAAUGAUGAUGAUGUGUUUUCUAGUCGUCAAACCAUCAAACACACUACCAUAGCACUCAAAAGAUACUUUGAGACUCAUCUAGCCAUCAAAGUGGACAGUAUCAAGAGAUCAUAUGCCAGAAACCAGGGACAGACUCCUCCUGAACCUAUACCUCAAUAUAAGAACAUCCCAGUGACCUCUGAUACUACUCAAGAGAACAUGGAGACAAUGUUGGAGCAGGCUCCACUAAGGCUCCAUUGGUCUCCAGUAGGAACCCUUAUCAAGCUCCAAGGGAUCCAACCCCUUCUCCAAAUCAUAGCCCUGGCCAGCGUAUGGAAGAAUUAUAGUGCAAGGAGUGAGGUGGUGAAGGCAGCCUUAGAUGUGUUAGCAGUUGUCACAGUAACCAAUAGAGGGCAGCUUCAACUUUGUGAACAAGUUCUACUUCCAGACAACUCAGAAAUUGUUGCAAUGAAUAUUGUGAAUGGAGUUGCUGAAGGAGAGGUACUCUCUGAUCCUGAUGUACAGAAAGCAGCAUUGCAGGUCAUUAGUAACUGUGUUUGUGGACCAUCAACUAGACUUGGAGGCAGUAUGGGUCGUUUUAUGAGCAACAGUAGCAAGAAGAACCGUACAUCAAUCAGGAGUUCAACGGAUAUGAUUGAGAAGAUGUGGGAGACAGUACGUACUAACAAUGGUAUAAAGACUCUACUGAACCUCCUGACAGUGAAAACCCCAAUCACUGAAGCAGACAGUAUUAGAGCUAUGUCCUGCAAGGCUCUAUGUGGUCUUGCAAGGUCAGAGGUUGUGAGGCAGAUCAUCAGCAAGCUAUCUAUCUUCUCAAGGAGUGGAUUGCAAACUCUUAUGAGAGAACCUGUACUACAAGAUAAAAGAACGGAACAUCUGAAAUUCUGCAAAUAUGCUUCAGAGUUGAUUGAAAGAGUGACUGGGAAAGCAAUGUCACUUGGAGCCGAUGCUACCCUCUCCAAGAUCCACAAGGCUAACAUUGUAGCGCAAACAAGGAUCAGAUAUGACAAUAAGGAAUUACUACAGCUUAUUCAUAAUCAUCUCAGAGGGCAAGGUUUGGGAGAGACAGCCAAAGUUCUGGAGCGGGAAGCUGGUCUUCGUUUAGCUAAUCAUACUUCAUCCUCUUCUAUGCCAUCACUACAAUUAACUCCUACCACGUCUCGGAUAUCAAGAACCACACACCUUGCACACAGUUCAUCUUCAGUAGGCUCAGCAGCAGUAUCAUCAAGCCAAGUUGAUCCACUCAACCAGCCUUCAACCUCAGGGGUUUCUCUCAACACCACAUCCUUACCUCCUCCUAGGAUAGCCUUUGGACCAGACUCUAGGGCUUCGCCUGCAAGUUCAAGGAGUGCACCCAGAAGGAGAGUCAUCAGAGAAAAGUCAAGUCACAGUCACCUGACACCUCUCAGCCAAUCCAAACGAGCCUCAUCAUUAGGGAAUAUUGCAUCAUCACGACCAUGCAAGUCACCACCAAGCCUUGAUCUUAUUGUAUCACAGUACCUCAGAGAACAACAUGCACACUGUAGUAAUCCUGUUGUUGCUUGCCCUUCUUUCUCACUCCUUGAACCUCACCAGUGUCCUGAGCCUAAGUUUAGACAGAAUGCACCAAUCAAUGCUACCUCUAGAUUAUUCAGGAGAUUGAUCUAUCCAGCUCAUGGAGGAAGGGAUGGUGCUAGAUGUUCAAGACAUUUUGUCUAUAGCAGGUUUCAUCCAAUGCAGACAUUCCGUGAUACAGAAGAUGAUAGUUGGUUUACAUGUUGUGCUUUCAGCAAACACUUACAUCCCAAAGAUCAGUUCUUAUGGCUUGGGAAUUAUGCAGGAGAACUCAAGACAUAUAACUUAAACUCUGGAAAUGAAGAGACAUCCUAUGUUUGUCAUGAUUCUCCAAUCAGAUUAGUGGAACCUUCAAGAGAUGGUCGUCUGGUCCUUACAUCUAGUACAUGGAGUCAUCCCAUGUCUGCUCUUUGGGGAACAGAGCCAUCAUUUGAUAGGAAGUUUUCCUUUAACGAUGAUGUCCACGUAGAAUUCAGCAAAGCUUCACAAGAUCGUAUCAUUGGUACUAAAGAUGACACUGCUCAUAUUUAUGAUGUGGCUACUGGCAAGCUGGUCCUCACCUUACAAGAUGGCCAUCUGAGUAACAACUACACCAACAACUGUGCGACCUUUGACCCCACAGACGAGCUUGUGCUAAAUGAUGGUGUGUUAUGGGAUGUCAGGUCUGCCAAACAUGUCUACAAGUUUGAUCAGUUCCAGAACAAGAUUGGCGGGCUCUUUCAUCCGUCAGGUUUAGAAGUCAUUAUCAACUCAGAGAUUUGGGACAUACGGACCUUCCAUUUGUUGCAUACAGUACCUGCUCUAGACCAAUGUCGUAUAGUUUUCAACAGCCUUGGCACUGUCAUCUAUGGAGUUAUCUUCCAAUCUGAUAGUGAUGAUGAGCUAGUUGAAGAAAGAAUGAAGAGUCCAUUUGGAUCAUCUAUUAGAACAUUUGAUGCUACAGAUUACAAACCUAUAGCCACCAUGGAUGUGAAGAGGAAUAUAUUUGAUCUUGCUACCGAUCCUCAAGACACUUAUCUAGCUUUGGUUGAACAACAAGGGGGUGCUGAUAGCCUGGAUGUAGAAAGCAUUUGUAGGAUGUAUGAAGUAGGGCGCCCUCGCAAGGCAGACGGGGAAGAUGAUGAUGAAGAGGAGCAGACGGAAGGGGAUGAUGAUGGGUCUGAUGACGACGAUGACAGUAUGGAUGACCUUGAUGACUUGAUUAAUGACUUUGAUGGUGAUAACAGUGGAGGUGACGAUGAUGAUAAUGGCAAUAAUGAUGACGACGAUGAUGAUGAUAUCAGCAUUCUUUCACAAGGAAGUGGGAGUUUACUUGGGUCUGACGGGUCAUUGAAUUCACCUGGGAGUUUCAUCUUCAACGAUUCAGAUUCCUUAGGACCAAACUUUGAUGAUGAGGAUGAUGAUGAAGACGAUGAGGAUGAUUUACGUUAUGCACUUGGAAGCUGGUAACGAUUUGAUGUCACCAAUCUUUUCAGAUAAAUCAUUGAUAGAAAUGAUGCAACAUUCCAAUUUUAGAGGAAGAGAGCUUGAACAACACUCAAUAUGUCAACCUUUUCACCUUUGAGUUGGGAAAUUUGUGUGAUGUUUAACUUGACAGUUUUAUGAACAAAUAGGUAUCAAUAUUUGUCCUGUAAGGGAAGACCAAGGGACACAUUUGCCAAUACUUUUCAAAAGAAGUUUAACCCUCCCCCUACCUAUCUAGGCUCAUUAAAGGUCAAGUCCCCCCCAGC